UGGAUAGAGCUUCCCAUUGAGUACUCAAAGCUUCCAAUAGAAGCAGCGUUGGUGCUUACUGUUUGUUGUUAUGAUGUACGAACCGGCCAAAAACAAUUAUUAUGUUCAGGACGAAUGCCUAUGUUCAGUGAUACCUGUACUUUGAACGCAGGACGUUAUACAGUAGAGCUGCAGCUACCAGAAUCGCCGUCUUAUUCAUUAUUGCAGGUACCUGAGAAGAAGAAGAGCACACUCUCAGAAAACAUUCUAGAGAAAAUACAAUUUGACAACUCCCGACCUACCUGGUUGAAUAAACUUACAAUCACCAAACUAGAUUUCAUUGAAUCAAAAACCACUUUUCUACCAGAAUACCAAAAUCCUAAAAUUAGAUUGAUUAUUGUUUUUCCAAGCUUUGACAUUCCUAUAGUUUUUUCUGAUAUCAAAUAUGUACCCAUAUCUCUUCCAUCUUAUGAUCCUUCAAGUUAUGCUUUGAAUUAUGACCCGAUGUUCAAUGAGAUAACGUAUACCAACAAAGUGAACAAAAUCACUGAAAACAAUAUGUCUUUAAUAUAUUCAACCGAAUCUUUACCUUUUGACCCUGAUCAGAUACGUGGGGAGCAAAUGGAAGAUCCAGUAGAGCAAAAGUUUAGAAGAUUAGAAAGAAUGCAACAUCUUUCUCCUUUGGACAAGGAAUUGAAACCUACUUUAAGGAUGCGUGAAUCUUUGUCACUGGUAAUGAAAAAACAAUUUUUUGAAAAGAUGACGGCCAAGGAAAGAAAUAUGGUUUGGAGAUAUCGGUGGUUUAUGCUAAAUACGUUGAUCGUAGGAAACACUCCAGGUUGGAGCAAUGCGUUGAUAAAUUUUAUCAAAUGUGUGGAUUGGAACAAUAGUGCCGAAAUAAAUGAAUUUGAAACUAUCCUUAGGAAUCUAAAGGAAAACUUAAACUUGAAGUCCAGGGAGUUGCUUGGCUGGAAAAAGGAAUCUGCUUUUGAUAUCUUCGUUAGAAAAUUGCAGAUAAUUGAUUGCUUGGAAUUACUAAGUUGCAAUUACAGAAACUUCAUUGUUCGGAAUAUGGCAGUUGAAAGAUUAGAGCGUGCUACUGAUUCGGAGAUUUCUGUUUUCAUGGUCCAGCUUGUUCAAAGUAUUAAAAAUGAGACAUUUCUCAAUGAAGAUGCACAAUCUGAGCGCUCCACAUCAAGUGACUAUCAGAUAGUAGAUACUGUUAAUGAAAGCAGUGGUUCUGAUACUCACAUAACUGAUUUCAUUGAUAGUAUACUUUUCAAAAAUAAAAAACUCAAAAGUAUCAAUAUCCCGGACAUUCCAUCAAGGUUUAUCAACUUUAUGAUUGAUCGUGUGAUUAGGGAUGCAUCAUUAACAAACUAUUUCUAUUGGUGUUUGAAAGUGGAGGUCGAAGAAGAACAGCUUAGAAAUAACAAUUCCACGAUUUAUGACAUGAUCGCUAAUAAUAAUAAUAGCAGAAUACUUUCUGUUCCUGCCACAAUGAAUGAACCCAACAAAAUGUUCCACAAAAUAAUUCAUGAAUUGACAAUGAAAAAAUUUAUUGUAAGUUUGGCUCAAAGCCAACAUGGAAAAGCUAAAUUAUAUGAGCUGCGGAGACAGAUAGAGCUCGUCAACAAACUACACAAUUUCUGCUAUAAGAUAAAGGUCGAUCACCGUAAAGAGACAACCCCUAUGAAAGUUGAAGCAUUGAAGACCAUGCUUGCAGAGAAGCACAAAAGGACUAUUUUUGGAUCUAAUGAAUCGAUGUUAGACUUUCCAAAGUUGACCAUGCCGUUGGAUCCCUCGGUGAUCGUCAACGGAACUCUACCGGAAGAAUCAGCGGUAUUCAAGUCGAGCUUAAAUCCACUUAAAAUAACUUUCAAAACAACACAAAGCAGUAAAUACCCAAUAAUGUACAAGAUCGGUGAUGAUUUAAGGCAAGAUCAAUUUGUCAUUCAGAUUAUCACAUUGAUGGAAAAAAUUUUAGAGAGUGAAAAUAUGGAUCUGAAAUUGAAGCCCUACAAGAUUUUAGCUACAGGUGAGGUAGAAGGAUUUAUCCAGUUUAUCCCAAAUAACUCACUCUCUCAUAUACUCUCCAAGUACAACAACUCUAUUUUGCUUUAUUUACAAACGUUUAACCCAGAUCCUACAGCCCAUCUUGGCGUGAAUCCACAAGUGAUGGACAACUAUGUUCGCUCUUGCGCAGGCUAUUGUGUUGUGACGUAUAUAUUGGGUGUUGGAGAUAGGCAUUUAGAGAAUCUACUACUUUCGAAAGACGGUUACUUUUUUCAUGCCGAUUUUGGCUAUAUUUUAGGUCAAGAUCCAAAACCAUUUCCUCCUCUGAUGAAGCUACCUAUUCAGAUAAUUGAAGGUAUGGGUGGAGCUGACGACAUCAACUACAAAACUUUCUGCCAGUACUGCUUUAUCACUUAUAUCACUUUGCGGAAAAAUUCAUCGUUGAUUUUAAACCUUGUCCAACUCAUGAUCAACACUUCAAUCCCUGCUUUAAGGACAGGGAUUGAAAACAGUGAGGCUGAAAAAAUGGAGCUCUUGUGGAAGGUUGAGGAAAAGUUCAUGCUAGACCUGAAUGACGAGGAGGCUGUUCUUCACUUUCAAAACCUCAUAGAUAGUAGUGUCAACGCAGUUCUUCCUGUUGUAAUCGACAGACUUCACAACCUUGCUCAAUACUGGCGGUCU